ACGGUGCCUGUAAUACACAACCAACCAGCUUUGCUCUUUCCGCCACUGAUACUCGUUCUCGACAAACAAGACGGUACGGGGUGGGGAAAUUUUAGGGCACCUCCCGACUUUGACAACUGCUGCAACUACUACGCAACCACAUAGUACUGCAGUGGUGUCUCUGCCUUCUUAACCAUGGGGAAGCCUAGACUCAUCAUCUUGAUCAGACACGCCCAGUCGGAGGGCAACAAGAACCGCGAUAUCCACCAAACGAUUCCCGACCACCGCGUAAAGCUCACAGACGAAGGAUGGCAACAAGCAUACGAUGCCGGCCGCCGGCUGCGCAAGCUGUUGCGCGCUGACGACACCGUUCAGUUCUUCACCAGCCCCUACCGCCGCACACGCGAGACCACAGAAGGCAUCUUGGCCACUUUGACCAGCGACGACCCGGAACCCAGCCCCUUCAAGCGAAACCAUAUCAAAGUCUACGAAGAGCCCCGCCUACGAGAGCAAGACUUUGGAAACUUUCAGCCAUGCAGCGCAGAGAUGGAACGCAUGUGGCAGGAGCGUGCUGACUAUGGUCACUUCUUCUACCGGAUCCCUAAUGGGGAGAGCGCCGCAGAUGCAUACGACCGAGUCAGCGGCUUUAACGAGAGUCUCUGGCGCCAGUUCAACGAUGACGACUUCGCCAGCGUUUGCGUUCUAGUUACACACGGUCUUAUGUCUCGAGUCUUCCUUAUGAAGUGGUACCACUUUAGUGUCGAGUACUUCGAGGAUCUUCGAAACGUUAAUCACUGCGAGUUUCUCAUAAUGCGCAAGAGCGACAGUGGCAAAUACAUACUGGAAACCAAGUUACGAACGUGGUCGGAGCUGAAGAAGGAGCGGGCUGCACAACAGGCGCGCUUGACCGGAGGAAACUUCAAGCUAGACUCAGCCCCUUUUGCCACCCCACGCACGCCCUCCGACCCCAGCGCACCGCGUGUCGAGAUGCGACGCCGGUGGGGAGGUUGUCCGAACGGCUGCAACCACGACAAGAACUUCAAGAUUCGUUCGACGCUCGCCGAUCUCGUCAAGACCGACCACAUGAUCUCGAGCCACGUUACCUCCACCGAUAUGACUGUUACCGAUAGUACGAGUGGUAAUUCGACAGACGUCGAUACCCCAAGUGUUGGUAGCAGCAGCAUCGCGCUUACAGAUGGGGCCGGCCCUACUACUGGCAAGGCUCAAGGAGUCGCCAACGCCUCUUUCAACGGUACCGCACUGCCUAAUGGGCCGACGAUUGCGAGCCGGAGACCGACGGCCAAGCGCAUUCAGUCGAGCAGCAGCGGGGUCACGCUGUCGCCAGAGGUGGCACACGCUGGUCCGGUCAUCGACAUAACCAAGGCGCGCGAAGAGGUAGUCUCCAGUCCAGACGGCACACCAUCCUUUAUAUCGAUCGAGGACCGCCUACGAAGCCAUCUCAAGAGCCCCAGCGUGCCGCCCCGUCCCCAUAGCCAUAGCCAUAGCCUUCAUAUCGGUCGUGAUGGUGGGGGCACCUACAGUGGGCAUAGCAGCAGCGAAACCGAAUUGUCAGAAGAUGAGCGGCAUAAGAACGUCAAGGCCAAAACCCCGAGCGGCGGACUCACCCCCCAUGCUGUCCGUCCGGUACCACACCGCCAUCCUAGCCGGGACCAGAGCCAAAUGGGGCGCGGCGCCAAAGCCAACCGUUUAGGUGACCAUCCUCCCAGUAGUGAUGGCGAGGAUGAAGCCGAUGGGGAGCAUGAGCCCGACUGCGAAGAAGACGAAGAAAACAGCUGCCAGGAACAGGAAGAGGGCGCGAGGCUUACCGAGUCAAUAACGAAGAAGCGGAGCCUAGAGAACCUUCCGGAGUCGAUCACGAAGAAGCGGAGUCUAGAGAACCUGGCAGAUGCGGAGAAGGAAGACAGAAGCAUCCGAGGGAGUGUGUACUAGGAGGUCUUUCUACUCCAUUGCAUCCCCUUUCUCAUUCUGGCUACUUGCUCUAUUGCCUUCUAUAUAUUGGCGUCCAGGCACCUUGGCUUGGGAAUUUUGUUUUAUUGGGUGUUCAUGAUUACAUUUUUCCUCAUACAUAUCAUCAAGGACUGAUGGGAGUUGAUCGGUCGCUUCUGGAGGUGCUUUGGGGGGCUCACCAUCAUUGUUACAUAGCGAGUUCUUCCGGUCUGCAUUUAGUCAGUUCGGGCGCGAUCACGAAGGAUC